CCCCUGCACCCUCCCACCCUGCCCUCUGUGAGCUCUCCCACCUCCCCGACUCAUGGGUCACGUCAGGGACCCUUCCCCAGAACUGCCCUGGACCCCCAGAUUGGGGUGUGCCCAGAACCUGCGGGUCUGGGGGCUUGUGAGCCCACCACCAAGGGGACCCCCACUCUGAGCUCAAGGUCUCGUCUGAGAGCCAUCCCCAGGACCCCCAUGGAUCUCCACUGAGACCCCCGUGCUGUCCUUGACUCCUCCACCCUGACCCAUGAGUUUGGUGUGGGGUCCCUCCCCAUGACCCUCCUUGUGCCCCCACCCUGGGGGUGCCUGGGACCCCCUGUGACCCCUGAGAUCCCCACACUGACCUCCUGGACUUCUCUACCCCUCCUUGGACUCCUGUCUUCGGGUUGGCUGGAACCAGGGGUCUGAGACCUCCACCCUGACCCCUCGGGGACUCCCCUGAGAUCCCUGCACUGACCCCUGGACCCUUUCACCCUGACCCCUGGGUCACUUCGGGGAUCCUUCCCCAGGACCCCCAACCUGAGGCUCUCCAGAGCUGUCAGAAGCCUGGGACCCCCAGUGCCACCCCCUGAGACCCCCAUAUUGAUGCCCUGGACCCUUCCAGGACCCCCAGCAUGGAGACUCUGACCCCAGAAUGUCCCUGGGACAUGACCUCUGAGACCCCCACCAUGACCCCAUUGACCCCUGGGUCACCUCAGGGUGACCGAGGCCCCCUUGGAGCUGUCCAGAACAGGAUCAGGGUCCAGGGAGACUCCCAAUGUGACCCCUGUGUCUACCUGGGACCCUUCCCAUGACCCUUGGGACCCUUCCCAGCACCCCCCUGGACCCCCUCUAUGACCCCUGGGACCCUCACUCUGAUUCCCAACACCCCCCUGGACCCCCUCUAUGACCCCUGGGACCCCUCUGGACCCUCACCCUGUGGGUGCCCAGAACCAGAAAGGGCUGGGGGUGCACUGGGGGACACCCAGUGACAGGGGGGGACCCGAUAGGGGGGACCCUAUUUGGGCUACAGAAAGACAGACGGACUUUUUGGAGCCUGUGGUGGCUUAGGGAUGACCAUGGACACAGAGUUCAGUGGAAUCCUGGGACGACUCGAGUUGGAAAUGAGCUUAAAUCCCAUUUUCCACUGGAAGGGGCUGUUGCAAGCCCCCAUCCGAGCUGGGAUGUUCCAAGACGCAUCCAGGGCUCCCUGCUCCCGGUGCAACGGAUGGGAGGGAGGGUCCCGGUGCACCGGGAUCACCCGGAAUUCCCAGCUCCGGCUCCAAGGAACCGGGAAGUCCCCGCGUCUCCUGCCGCUUCCUCCCGCUGGAAUCACUGAGCGCUUCCUGCCCAGCCCCUCGGUUCCUGCCCAGCCCCUCGUGUGCCACCUCUCCCUCCCUCCUUCCCUUCCCGGCUUCCUUUUGCCUCUUGGCCCAAGGGGGAGCGGCAGGGGAAGGCUGGCAGGACGGGCUUUUCCUGCUUUUCCUUUUUGCCGCAGCGGAAUUUCGGGACGGGGUGCCUUGCUCCUGAUGAAAGUCCCUCUGUGUUCUGUCUGCAGUGCCGAGCGGAGCUGCCGGGCCCGCGGAGCCCCGCGAGCUGUUCCAGGCAUGAGUGCCCAGGCCUGCCCCCAGCACUGAGCCCCGGAGCCGCCAGGAUGCCGAUCCCUCCUCCCCCGCCGCCGCCCCCCGGCCCCCCGCCGCCCCCCACCCUCAGCCAGGCGAACACGGAGCCGCCCAAGCUGAGCCGAGAGGAGCAGCGGGGCCGCGGGGCCCUCCUGCAGGACAUCUGUAAAGGGACCAAGCUCAGGAAAGUGACCCAAAUCAAUGACAGGAGUGCACCCAUCUUGGAAAAGCCCAAGGGCAGCGGCAGCAGCAGCUACGGCUCCGGCUCAGCUGCCAUCCAGCCCAAGGGCAGCCUCUUCCAAGGCGGCGUUCCCAAGCUCAGACCUGUGGGAGUCAAGGACAGCUCAGACAGCUCCACUAAACAAACACUACAAGUCCCCGGCUCCCGAGCAGCUGCUCCCAGGCCCCCCGUGCCGGCCAACAACAGCCGCCCUCAGGACGAUGCCGACAGCAGCCGGGGCUCCCCGCCGGAACUGCCGCGCACGCAGAGACCCUCCCUGCCUGACCUGUCGCGGCCCGGCGCCGCCGGUGGCACCGGCAUGAAGCACAGCUCCUCGGCCCCGCCGCCCCCGCCGCCGGGCCGCCGCGCCGCCGCCCCCCCGGCCCCCCCUGCAGCGCACGCCAAGGCCUCGCCCUACAACCGGGAGAAGCCGCUGCCGCCCACCCCGGGACAGCGCCCGCCCGGCAGCAGGGACGGGCCCCCCGCCCCGCCGCCCAUCAAACCGCCCCCUUCCCCCGUCAGCCUCCGCUCGGGCGCUCAGGGCCAGGCCCUCGCCCCCCCGCCGCCCCCGUACCGGCAGCCCCCCGGUGUCCCCAACGGCCCCUCCAGCCCCAGCAGCGAGUCGGCCCCGGAGCUGCCGCAGAGACACAACUCCUUGCACAGGAAGGCACCGGGCCCCUUGCGGGGUCUGGCGCCGCCGCCGCCCGCUGCUGCCUCCCCGAACCUGCAGAGCAGCCGCCCCCCGCCGCCGGCCAGGGACCCCCCGAGCCGUGGAGCAGCUCCGCCGCCCCCGCCGCCGAUGCUGCGGAACGGGGGGCGCGACGCCCCCCCGCCCCCACCCCCCUACAGAGUGCACGGCCCCGCCGAGCCCCCCAGCCGGGGGAAGCCCCCGCCGCCACCCACCCGCACCCCGGCCGGGCCCCCGCCGCCGCCGCCGCCCGUGCGCAACGGGCACCGCGACUCCAUCUCCGCCGUCAGAGCGUUCCUGGAUGACUUUGAAUCCAAAUACUCCUUUCAUCCCGUUGAAGACUUCCCAGCCCCAGAGGAAUAUAAAUACUUCCAGAGAAUCUACCCCAGCAAAACAAACAGAGCCACGCGUGGGGCUCCCCCUCUGCCCCCCAUCCCCAGGUGAAAGCGGGCUGUGCGGGUGGAUUGUUCCAGAGCAGAGACGUGGAGCUCCUUCCCCUUCCUCAGCCGGACCCCCCCCAGCUCCCAGCGCCCCGGAUCCUGCAUGACACACUCCCAGCCUCUCUGGUUCUCCCAGGACACCAGAUCCCCCCCGUGCAGCGUGCUCCGCCAGCCUCCCCUCAUCUAUGCACCCGCCAGGAGUCGGUGACCUCGUGGCAAGCCUGGAUGGGGCCAUCCCUCAUUGCUCCUCAUGGAUCUGCCUGGGAGCCAGGCACAGGACUUGAGGCCGAGCUGUGUGCUGGCUGUGGGGACCAGGGGGGUCAUGGAGGGGUGGCUGGGGUCAGGCAGGGGAUGGACACGCUGUGACACCCCCCAAAGUGAGGGGGAGCGGGACAGAGCCUCGUGAUCCUGGUGGAACCUUGUUAUCCCGGCACAGCCCAUUGCUUUUUUGCACAGGAGCCAGUGGAGGCAGGGGGGAACGUGAGUGGGACCAUGCAGGGACACCCCAAGAGCUGGUGGGGACCCCCUUUCUCUGACUCCAUCGGGGGGCACACCCCCAUGUGCCCCCCUCAAAACCACUGCUCCCCUGGCUCUCACUGCUGACUCCCCCCAAACUUGAGCAUUUUAACGAGGAAACACUAAUUACAUGGGGAGGGGGCCGUUGGUGCUGGGUCUGGCACACCAGGGGGGGCCC